AUGUGGAUUCUUUUAGUCGUUUUGGCCUGUGAUGCAGCACUUGUAAGUGUGGUAGAGACGUUUAGACAUGGAGCCAGGUCUCCAGUGAAGCAAUUUUCAUGGGAUAACGCUGUUUGGCCACAAGGCUACGGAGAAUUAACUCCUGAAGGAAUGAGGCAGCAUUACUUAAACGGGGUGGAAUUUAGAAGAAGAUAUAUAGAAACAGCUCAGCUCUUAGGCCCAAACUACAGUGUUGAAGAUGUUUAUGUCCGCUCAACUAACUUGAAUAGAACUCUCAUGAGUGCUGAAAGCCAGCUAUUUGGUCUUUUCCCACAAGGCGCUGCUAUAAAAAAUCAAUUUUUAGCUCAAAAAGCAGUCCCUCCUAUUCAAGUUUCAGGAUUAGCUAAUGCCCAAGCGGAGCUUGGGCUAAAUGCUGUAGCUAACAGAUAUCAAAUGAUUCCUAUAAACACAGUAACUGAACCAUAUGAUAACAUGCUCAGCGGCUAUCGUCUUGCAAAUUGCCCAAGAUUUGCAGAAAUCCAAACAGAGCAGCAAGGCACCUCGACCUAUGAAAGAAAAGUGACCCAAUACAACGACGGCCUCCAGCAGCAGGUUUUAGAAGUUUUCAAGGUAAAUGCUACUUUUUCUGAGUGCGGGGUGUUCAGUGAUACCUUGCACUCUAUGAAAUUCCAUGGGUAUGAUUGGCCUGCUGGAGUUACUGAAGAAAUGUACAAUUCUAUGGAAGAAGUCCUCACUUAUCAGUAUUCCUAUUAUUGGACCUCAGAAGCAACAAGUCUUUCGUCUACUGAAUUUAUGGAGGCUAUUUUCAGUCAGUUUGAUUCUACCAUUAAUGGGACAGCAGCUCCCAAAAUGUCCUUAUACUCUACCCACGAUGUUACCUUGAUUGGAUUUUUGAUAUUUUUGGGGAUUUGGGAUAACAUCAACCCUCCUUAUGCUUCAUCUCUCAUUUUUGAGCUAUACGACAAUAAUGAUGUAUACCAAAUACAAGUCUUAUACAAUGAUGUCUUGCAGACAAUUCCUGGCUGUGGAAAUCCUUGUACAUAUCAAAGUUUCAAAAAUCUAAUUACCCCAAAGCUAACUCCUGACGUAAGAAAAGCUUGCCAGCUGCAAGGAAGUACGACUGAGUUUGACCUCGAUCCUUUAUCAGUAAUUUAUCAAUAUACUUAA